AUGCGUCUACGCGAGUCAACGGAUCAGGGAAGCGUAGACCGCUCUACGAUCGGUAAGCGCGAUGAGCGGGGACGCGAGAUGCCCGUCAUCCUUCGCUCCGGAAUGUGGAAUGUGAUCACGAUCUCGCUUGUCAAGAUGCCGCACCCCGACAACGUGGAAUGCACCGAAUAUGUUUUCAGUCUUUAUACGCCUGACACUUCCUCACCACCCAUGCAUACGUUCCCGCGUCUGAUAUCGCUGCAUUGUGCACAUCCGACAUCUGAAGAUACUGGCAUCGUAAUCCCGCUAUUCGUUCACAACACCGCUAUACCUCAUCGGCAUGCGAUGAUAUAUAUUCAUCCCCUCGCGACAUCGACCACCGCCCCCGCAUCUGCUAUGACGACUACGGUCCUGGAGACCCAGGUUGUCACUGUCACUCCGACGGUGAUCCUUGCGGCGCGUCAGGACGGCCAGUGGACACCUGACGCGGGCCAGUGGAGUGCACCAGUGUGGACACCAGAGGCCCAGUCGUCGUGGGUUCCGACACCGUCGAGCGGGAACACAUGGGCGGCUCCAUCCUACACCGCCAUCGCUUCUGCAGCUCCUUCCGCCUCUCCAGCUGCGCAGCCAGAGAAGUAUCGCGCGACGGACACAAAGGAAGGUUGGGCAAUCGCUUCGGCAAUCGGUGGAUCUUUGGUUGGUGUUGGCUUCCUCGGCUUGAUUGCCUCAAUCAUCCUGCGCGUUAAGACUGGGCACUGGCCUGCUUGCUGCUACUGCUGCGGUGGACGCCGAUGUGCGGCAAAAGGCUAUGGCGACAUCGAAGCCAGCCAACCUAGCGCACCGGAGAUGGUGGCACGGCACCCAGCUGCGCCCGGAGGCUACUAUCACCCUCGUCAGCCGUCCGGUACGCCGGCUCAUCCUCCGCGGACUCCGCAGCCUAACAAACGCAUCUUCCAUGCGUACUAA